CUGUCCGGGAAUUUGCCCUCAUUCCCCAGCAUACAUCCCCAGAAGUCGCUGUGCGGGAAAUUGAUGCUCUGCAUGAUGUCGUCUUGAAUGCUAGACAACGUCUGAACACAAAUAACAUCUUGCUUUUGGGAGACUUCAAUGCUGGUUGUAGCUACGUUUCGAAUUCAGACUGGUCAAAAAUACGCCUCCGUACUGACCAAAGUUACACCUGGCUCAUCCCUGAUAGUGCGGACACAACGGUCACACACACAAACUGCCCAUAUGACAGGACUGUAGUCACCUCUGACAUGAUGAAAGGAGUGUCCGCUGGAUCAGCGCAGGUCUUUGACUUCAUAGAAGCCCAAGGAUUGAGCCAGAGUUGGGCCCUGGCAGUGAGUGAUCACUUUCCGGUUGAGGUCAAGCUCCUGUGAAAAACAUCAAGGUUGUUCCCUCGCAGCAGAUAUACACUGCAAUGCUAAUGCUUGAUGUGUAGUGCUGUCUUAGACUUAACGAAAAUAAUAAAAAAAAUGAAUCAUUUUCUUUCAACGAAUAAUUGUACAGUAUCAUUCUAUAGCUAUAAGAAAUACAUAAUUAAAUUUGAAAUUGCAGCUUUCAAAUUCUUCUAUAAGCCCCAAAUUCUUCUAUAAUU